AUGAGGGCGUAUACAUUGGCAGCUGCAGAGCGCAUGAAAUUGCUGCGAAGACUUGAUGCCAAGGAACACAGAGGAAAGACUCCUCUGCUGGUGGCUGUCACUGCCAGGCAGCCAGCUAUUGUCCAUGAUUUGAUCCAGACAGGAGCAGAUGUCAAUGCUGUAGACAACAAAGGGCAGUCAGCUUUGCAUCUUGCCGCAACAUAUGGGUAUGCCCAAGUUCUUCAGGUUAUACUGUCACUAGGUUUUCCUCUUGAUUUAGAAAUGAAGGAUUUUGAAGGCCAUACCCCACUGCACUGUGCUGUUCUGGCCCACAACACCCUGGUCCGGGAGGGUUGCCAGACAUUGACGGAGGAGCAGCAGAAAGAUCUUCAGCACCAGAGUGAAGAGCUGGAGUCCUGUAUCCACCUCCUUGUGCAGACAGGAGCCUCCAUCUACAGCCGGGAUGUGAAAAGCAACAAGACAGUUCUUCAUUAUACAGUCCAGGAUGGGAACAUCUCCCUGCUCAGAUACUUCUUGGAGCUGAAUGCUUUCAAGUCCAAGGACUUUGUCAACAACAAGGCACAUGGUAACACAGCUUUGCAUAUGGCAGCUGCAUUGCCUUGUGACAAGAACCAGAAAGAAAUCAUCCAGUUGCUCCUUGACCAUGGGGCAGACCCAAGCAUCCGAAACUUAGACAAUGAUCAGCCAAUCCACAUGGCUCCUUCUGGAAAAGCUGGGGAUCAGGUUAGGCAUUUGCUGAAGAAAGGGAAAGUUGCAUCUGCAUUCAUUUCCUGUCACCGAAAUGCCAGAUCCUAGGUUGCCCGCAAUUUCUGGAAUGGCUUCAACUUCAGCUUGCUGAUUGCACAAGGCCUCUUAGAAAAACUGUGAGGAUGGUUAACCCACACGUCCCUGCUCCUAGAGUCCUUAAACCAGGGUGGGAUGCAGUGUUUCUCAACCUGUGGACCACGUGUAGCAUGUAAGAUAUCAGAAGAUGAGCUUUCAAAUGGUUGAAAACUUUCUUUUGUUAACAAAGAAUACUAAUAAACCUCAAGCAUUGCUUACAAGCAAGGAGGCCAGCAAAACAAAUGGCUGUUGCAUAAAUAAGCAAAUGUUUCAAGUACAGCCAACCUUUGAUUUGGUGGCCACUGAAACCCAUGGUGGUGACGGAACACAAGAUGGUAGUUUGGUUAUAAAAGGUUGAGAAAUACUGCUCGAAGACUUGCUUGAACUGUGCCUCUUAUUAGAUCCUGUACAGAGGUACUGGUUGAAAUGCUGAAGCCUUUGUGAUGCGCAAUUACCUCCAUUCUUCCUGCUAGCCUGGGAAUGCAGGAACCUGAGGGGAGGGAAAAGACUGGAUGGAAGAGGUCAAGUCAGCCUAAGGAGUCAUCCAUGGCUGUAUUUCAUCCGAGUGAACGGACAUCCGAACUCAAGAGGUCCAAGUGAGGGUUCCUGCAAGCUGCUGCUACCCCAUUUCUUAUCACUUUGCGGAAGAAAGCUGAAGCAGCUGUCCAUUGCCACAGUCUCUCACCCCGCCCCAAGAAAAGAAAACAGAUGCUUGUAAGAGCAAGUACAUGGGGCAGGUUCUCAGCAGCAUGGGUUCAUGUGGCUCCUGAGUGCUUCCCAGUGAAGGGAUUCCUCUUUGAGACAUCUGAUCCAAUCCAAGUCUCCAGCUCUGAUGGCAAAGAAUAGCUCUGGAAGCACCUCAGAGUGGGGAGCUGAACCCUCACCUGGGCUAAUGCCUGUGUAGGAGACAGAGGCUUCCUUUGGGUCUUCAACAGCUUUUACGCAUAGACAGGGUAGAAAACCUUUCAGCCGUGUAGGCCUGCACACAGCAGGGUCAGAGUGCAAUGUGGUACAUGCUCUCCUGUUCCCGUUCUUAAUCUAAGGGGGCAUUUUAAUAGAUUCUUCUUAUUCUUUCUGUGAAAUGAUUUGUGAAUUGCUGUGCAAUCAGCUGGCAACAGUGUCUCUGCCAGGUCAAUAGGAUUGAAGGUAGAUGCCUGAAGGGAGUGAAAGCCAUGUUUUGACAACCCUUUCACAGAGGGUGUCUCAUCUUAGUAUACAUUCUGAAUUAGAGUUUGCUGAUUUCUUAAUGUUGCACAAGUUAUGUUUUCUAACAGGACUGAACAAUAAGAUGAAGGGCAGAUAUCUUAAAUCACCGCAGUAACUUCCUUGAUCACUCACUGACUAACUCAAAUGGGAUGGGGUUUUCUAAAGCACUUGUCAGCCUUGCAGACCUGGACUGUUUAAACAACUGUUUAGCAGACUUGAACAAAAGCUCUUAAGAAAUGCAGAGAUCUUCUCGACUUUCUCAGCCUUCCUCUCUGCUG